UGUGGUGGGCCCUGGGUGGCGGCGGCGCGGUGGGGGGCGGGGACCUGAGCUGCCCGCACGCUGGCCGUCAGUCCCGCCGCAGCGGCCGCACACGCCGCACAUCCACCUCAUCCCUCCGCACCCGCAACCUACCGCAGCCGCACACAAGGUUUGCUCAGAGUGCCUGAAACGUACACCCCAAAAAGUGCUAGAGACACCUGCAGUGCAAAAUCUUGGACAUCUGUCUUAAACGAGACAAGGAACUUGAAACGCUCGCCUGCAACAGGUGUCACGCUUGCCUCGCAACAACAGAGAAUUAGGUCUUUGGAGUUUCAAACAUUAUGUUCGACUGCGAAGAGAAAAACCUUGCGACAUUCCCCCGGAACUGAACUGUCUCAAGCAAGAAGUGCAAUCCUGUUUACGCCAGGACAAUCAUUAAUCUCUGGUCAGCAAAUUCCAUCCACAAAAUAUUGCUUACACCGAAAAAAAAUAAAGACGGCAACUUGAUAACAAAAAAGCAGAUAUUGAAAAGCAAACUGACGGUGAGGGGAAAAGAUAUAUCACCUGUUCUCCGGCGCCAAACCAAAGGCUCGGCCACGCCACCACUCGCGAGAGCGCCCCCUCGCUGUUGUGUCACUCCAGCAAGAUCAGUCUCUCGCCGCCCACCACCACGACCUCGCACGACGAAGGCGACGAAGCAGCCUCUCCAGACUCGACCAUGACGCCAGACUGCCCCAUGUCCCCGGGAGAGCAGGACGCGCCUGACCUUAUCUGCAAGUGGGUCGGGUGUGGCCUGAGCUUCGAGAGCUUGGACGAGCUGGUCUCCCACCUGACGGCCGCUCACGUGACGUCACAACACGGCGCCUUCUUUUGUCUGUGGCACGGCUGCUCGCGGACCAAGGGCUUCAAUGCCAGGUACAAAAUGCUCAUCCACAUCCGAACACACACGAACGAGCGGCCGUACGUGUGUAGCCAAUGUGACAAGCGCUUCAGUCGGCAGGAAAAUCUACGCAUACACGCCAGGACACAUACAGGAGAGAAGCCGUACGUGUGCACGGUCCCCGGCUGCGGCAAGGCGUACUCCAACUCCUCGGACCGCUUCAAGCACACCAGGACACACUUCGUCGACAAGCCGUACGAGUGCCGCCACCCCGGCUGCGGCAAGCGCUACACGGACCCUUCCUCCCUCAGGAAACACGUCAAGAUCUACGGCCACUACCGGCGGCCCGAGGACCAGCACCCGCCCUCGCCCGUCCCCACCACCACCGCGGCCGACCUCCUCGACCCGUCCCUGGCGGCGGCGGCCAGGCUCGACCUCUCGCCCUCCCCGUCCUCGUCAGGGUCCUCUCUCGUGCCUUCGCCCGUGCCCUCCACGCCCUCGCCCUCCCUCCUACCUCCACCCCUCUUCCCGGGGGCUCCCUCCGGCCCCGUGGGAAGCAUGGGGGCAUCGGGACUCUCUCCGUGGGCCCCCGUGACGGCGGCGGCGUGGACGGUGGCGCUGCAGCAGUACCAAGGACUCCUCCUGCAGGGGGGUGCGGGGUUGGCGGGGCUCGGGGGCAUCCACUCGCACCAACACCUGGUGGAGGAGGAGGAGGAGGAAGAGGAGGAGGAGAUGGAGGAGAUGGACACGGCCACCGCCCUCGACCUCUCUAUGUGCCCGUCUCCGCUCGACCUCUCGCUGCCUUCGUCGCGAGCCAAGCACCAGUAACGCCGCCGCCGCCGCGCACCCGGCCUCCUGCCCUCCUUCAGGCUUCCGUGGCACUGGCACUGCGGCGCGGGGUGGCACCGUGCCUCGCUUGAGCCGCGUAAAACGUCGUCGUGGCCCUCACAGUGCCUUAGAGAAUGUCAGACGCCAAUAUGCAUGUGUGCGAUAUACCCAAAAUAUGUAUAAAUAUAUAUAUAUAUAUAUAUAUAUAUAUAUAUAUAUAUAUAUAUAUAUAUAUACACACAUAAUAUAUAUGUAUGUAUACAUGUAUAGAUACUCACACACAAGCACAUAUAUUUUGCUAGAUAUAAGAAGCUUGUUGAAAUGAUAGUUAAAGUGGUGAUAACGAACCUCAUACGUGCCUUAUAUGAAAUGUGAUGAAAAUGCUGAUGAUUAGCAAUGAGUUCAUUAUUUACGGACAUUUCCAACAAUAUUCUGUACACUCGUUAUUAGACUCCAUCAAAUCAGUCCUCCUCUAUCACCCUUUCUCUUAGUUUUGCACAUUUAUAUUGCUCAUAAACUCGUUUUUCGUGACCCGAAAAACGGUAAGUUUAGCCAAAAGUGUUUUCCCCGCCUCAGCUACGUCGGCAUUUACGUGUGGUGCUUCGAACAUUGUGCCAAAGGAGUUUCGAAAUCUUUUUUCCUUUUUUUUAGAACUCAAAAAAAGACCCCAACUGGGUAACUAUCUGGUUGACUGGUUUAACCUUCUUCCCGUUUCCUCCCCCCACCCACACCCCCAUUUUCACUCCGCAACAUCAACCAUAUCAACUUUUAAAAAAAUAUAAAUAUAAGGAAACAAAAAUCAAAUACAAAAAAAAUAUAGAGAGUUGAAUUUUGUAAGAUAUUUUGAAAAAGGAAAAGCUUUGAUGUGAUAUUUUUCCGUCUUUCCUUGAUUGUGUGUACAGUAUUACGUUAUGAAACCGUCCACCGACAUAGCAGUAUGAUGCUUGGUUUUGUUUAUAGUGUAAUUAUUGACUUUGGUGGGAUAGUGCACUGAGGUUGUGUUCACGGAAUAAAACCCCCGAUCGGCUCUUUAGAGUGAAGCAGUUUGUAUAGUUUGGAUCAAAAUGGGUGUUUUUAUUUUUUCGCUUUUUGUUUCAAAUCGUCGAUAAUUCUGAGUAAUGGAAUUCUUCGCGGUCACUCAGUCACCCUGGUCUGGAUUUUAUUUAAAUGGAACGCAACCUGUAGACGAUAUUAAAGUAGGGAUGUGCAAGGAAGAAGCGAUAACAAAUAAACAGUAAAACACAGACACAGAUGUAAUGUUCCUGGAGGAGUCCCAGCUAUUGCAAACUCUCUAGAAGAUGGAUUUGUAAUCUUCAUAAAAAUCCUCUGACGUCAAGAUCUCCAGCCUUUAAAAAAAUUCUCUGACAGUCGCCCGUGAUUCCUGAGUCAUGGAGCUUUUGUGUUUAUUCUAAGCCUGAAUUAGUCAUCUCGCCGGUACAUUACAUAAAGCCAUUUGUGUAUUUUCUAGACAAUGACUCUCAUCUUGCUCGUAAAGAAACAAAUGAGCAGCGUGUCACGUCCAGCUUAUACCGUCACGUACUACUUGCAUGUCCAGUAACUUCCUUCUUUCUCUGAAUAAUAAAAGGAGGUAUUAUAGGGUUUAUCAUUUUUCUUGGGUUGGGAUAUGAUGUAUUCUGCACACUAAUUUUUUUUUUUCUAUCAUUCUUUCUCUUUCUUGAAUAAAUUUAGCCGCGUAUUUGGCCCGGUGAUCUGUGACGUCAUACAGGUUCUUAUUCGAAACUAUUUUUUCUUCAUCUCUGGAUUCUCCAGGUUUUGGGAAAAGGGGAUUCGAAUGCAUGAAUUUGGUUUCGAAACGCCAGUGUGUUUACUAUCAUAUUCUCCUCCUAGUGCCUUAUGUAUAUAUGUAUAUCUCCUUAUACUACUAUAUUUUCUUACUCCGAAAAAAAAAAAAUGUAAUAUAAAAUGAG